AAACCGAGUUUUGAAAUUCGGGGGAGCUAGAACAGCCGUUAGCCAGAGAAGAAGAUGGAUCUUUUCUUUCAGGAAUUGCAGAGUGAUGAUCUUGCCUUCUGGUAUGAGCUUACUCCACUGAACCAAAGCGCUUUCCUGCCCUAUUCAAGCACACCCACAAGCGAAAUUUCGGCAAGUAAUUCUGGCAAUGGAUCAAAUUCUACUAACAUGAACAAGAGAAUGAUUGACUUCAUGAGGAGAAAUGGGCCUGUAAGAGUUGGAAGUCAAGAAUCCGAGAGUGCAAGAUGUUACCGCCGGAAGAUAAGCGAGAGAAUGCGGAGAGAGAAGGAGAAGAACGGCUAUUUAGCGCUUCAUGCUGUGUUGCCCCUUGGCACCAAGAACGAUAAGAACUCGAUUGUGCAAAUGGCGGCGAAGAGAAUUCUUGAGCUGAAGCAAUAUAAGGAGGUGUUGGAGAGGAGAAACCAUGAGCUCGAAGUGAAGGCGAUCAAGGUUGGAAAUGUACCGAGGAGUAUAAAGAUUAAGUUCAAAGUAGGAAAUUCAACAUCAGGGGUUGAUUAUAUGGUGGAGGUUCUUAAGUGCUUGAAUAGCUUUGGAUCAAAAAUCACAAGCAUUAAAUCAAGGUUUUCUGAUCAAGAAGUUGCGGCAGUAAUGGAUAUUGAAACCGAGAUUUCAGAUGCUGAGAUAAGAAAGACAGUGCAGAGAACACUAGAGGAUGUUGAGAGGAAUCUUCGCAGCCAUUUUUCCGGAAGGUUGCAACAAACCUGAACCAAUAGAGUUGGUUGGCGCAUUCAUUGGCCCAAAUGAAUAUAUGCAAAGGUGGUGGUGUGAGAAAAAGUCAGUUUGCCAUUACACGUUUUGACCUUCGAAGAAAUAUCAACAACGAGUUCGCUGUCAACAUGGAUUCUUGCAUUGUGGUUGGACUUUUCUUUUAUUAUUUUUUUUUGAAUUGAAAAGGCUCCAAGUAUGACUAUUAUAGCAAUUCUGUUCAUUUUGAUAUGAUUUUGAAUUGAAACUGUGAGCUUCAGAUCCAA